AUUUUAUUUUGAAAGUAAAUUGACUUCCGGUGCAGGGCUGUGCUGCGCGCGCAGACGCUGCUCCUGCAGCAGGUAAACAGUAAACAGCGGCUCUAAGCUCGUCAUUUCUCGGUCAGACGCGACACUCGCGGACCUCCACUCCCACAGCGGCGCGUGUCUCUCUCUAAAGCCCGACUCCGUGGCCACAUGUUCGCGGACAAGACAAUGAUGUCCCCGUGGGACCGCUGGUACUCCACCAGCUGCUGUCUGUGCUGCCAUGUCCGCACUGGAACCAUCAUCCUCGGGGUCUGGUACAUGCUCAUCAACGCGGUGGUGUUACUCAUCCUGCUCACCGCGCUCAGCGAUCCUGAGCAGUACCACCUGACCAGUGCCGAGUUGGCCAAUGACCUGGAUGUCAUGGAUGAUGCCAACAUGUGCAUCGCCUCAGCGAUCUCCCUGCUGAUGAUCCUCAUAUGUGGGAUGGCCACAUACGGCGCAUACAAGCUGCGCGCCGCUUGGAUCAUCCCCUUCUUCUGCUACCAGAUCUUUGACUUUGCUCUCAACACCCUGGUGGCUGUCAGCAUUGUGGUUUACCCAAACACAAUCCAGGACUACCUGCAGCAGCUGCCCGAUAACUUCCCGUACAAGGAGGAGGUUGCUGCUCUCAGCAACGUGUACCUGGUCCUCAUUGUGUUGCUGUUUAUUGGCUGUAUUCUCGGCUUCAAGGCCUACCUGAUCGCAUGUGUGUGGAACUGCUACAGAUACGUGAGCGGCAGAGGCGGCUCUGAACUCCUGCUCUACGUCACCACCGACACCACGGUGCUGCUACCUCCCUAUGACGACAACAUGAGCGUCCCCCCCAAACGGGCUCCUGCACCCUGCACCACUGCCACAGCGUAAAAUCCUGCCCUUAAAAAAAAAAAUCCCCACCAAAAUGUAUGCACCACACUGCCUGUCCACUUCAGCAUUUCAUAGCUGCUCACAGGACUUUUCCACCAAGCAUGCACGUCACAAACACACGAGCACCUGCAACACACACUGUUGCCAGAUAGAGUCACGCUUUUCCAUCCCCAAAAGUCGUCUAAAAACGUCCUCAAAGUUUACCUGUAAUUAAUUAGCAGUACCUAAUCAUUCAUUCGAGAAAUCUUUUAAUAUUACAUCUGCCGUUUUUGAAGACAGUCAGAGCAAAACAAUAAAUAACAGAUUCCUCUUUUUACUUAAAAAUCAAACAAUAAAAAAAAAAACAGAAAGAAAGAACGAAAGAAAGGGAAAACCCAAAUAAUCAAAUACUGAGGGUUCUGGUCAAAAGUGGAAACUGUUUUUGCAUAUUUACUUCUCAUGAAUUUAAGUGCAGUAAAAUAUUAGCGAAUCUCAUAAUCAGAC